ACGCCUUACCUGUUUCAAUUCAAAACCCCCGGGGAGUCUCUGGCUCUCGUUUCCCACGCGAAACGCAAUGAGCAGCUUAACCACUAGCUCAACAGCCCGGCCAUGGCUCCGGCGGAGCAACCUCCCGGUGCCGCGCCGUUUCUCCGGCCACUCAAGGAGCAGAGUCUCCUUCCCUCGACCGUUCCCGGCCACCAGAGCUCCGAGGACCAUUUGUAUGGCGGAGCCCUAUCUGAUAACAAAGCUGGAAUCUGCGGAGAAAACAUGGAAAGAAUUAUCGGUCAAACUGGCAGAUCCUGAUGUAGUUUCGAAUCCCACAGAAUAUCAGAAGCUGGCACAAUCGGUGGCAGAACUUAAUGAGGUUGUGUCAACAUUUAGAAGAUACAAGGAUUGUGAAAAGCAGCUGGAAGAGACCAAAGCUUUAGCAAAAGAUGAAGGGAAUGAUGAAGACAUGACUGAGAUGAUAGUCUAUGAAAUCAACUCUUUGUCUGAUGAACUCAAAGAGCUUGAAGAGAGGUUCAAGGUCUUGUUGCUUCCUACCGAUCCUCUUGAUGCACGAAAUAUAAUGCUCGAAGUAAGAGCUGGCACUGGUGGCGAUGAAGCUGGGCUAUGGGCUGGUGACCUUGCCCGCAUGUACCAAAAGUACAGUGAGCGAAGCUCCUGGAAGUAUUCCCUUGUUUCCAGUUCUGAGGCUGAGAAAGGAGGAUACAAAACCUAUGUAAUGGAAAUCAGAGGCAACCGUGUAUAUAGCAAACUGAAGUAUGAGUCUGGUGUUCACCGGGUUCAACGUGUCCCUCAAACAGAAGCACAAGGACGUGUCCACACCUCCACUGCUACUGUUGCCAUCAUGCCCGAGGUAGAUGAAGUUGAGGUUGUCAUUGACCCAAAGGAGAUUGAGCUUACAACUGCAAGGGCUGGUGGUGCUGGAGGACAAAAUGUGAAUAAGGUGGAAACAGCUGUGGAUCUUUUCCACAAACCAACUGGAAUUCGUAUAUUUUGUACUGAAGAAAGGACCCAGCUUCAAAAUAAAAAUCGUGCUCUUAAGUUGCUUCGAGCAAAAUUGUACGAGAUUAAACUAAGGGAGCAGCAAGAGGAGAUCCGAAAUCAGAGAAAAUCACAGGUCGGCACUGGGGCUCGGGCAGAAAAGAUUAGAACGUACAAUUACAAGGAUAAUAGAGUUACAGACCACAGGUUAAAGAUGAAUUUCGAGCUCACAUCUUUCCUUGACGGCAAUAUCGAGGAUGCAGUCCAGGCUUGUGCUGCAACGGAGCAGAAGGAACUUCUCGAAGAGCUAGCCGAGUCUGUCGCUGCCACUGGGUAAUAUAUAUCCCGUGCUCAUUGUCUUCAUUGCAUCUGGAAGGCACGCGUUUCCGGUGGGGAGAGGUGCAUUCCUUGGACAAGAUUUUGUACUGAAAGAUGGGAUGGAGAAAUACUCUGGUUGCACCGGUGCUUUAGAUUUCACCGAGGAAAAUGAGAUGGCUCUUGAUGUUUGAUUGACUAAAUAGGGGUCUUCAAUCGUCCCUCUGAAAAUUGUGUUGGAUUGAAUCAUAUACGAAUUAUUCUCUUAGCGAUUCACCGAAUGAGGCCGGUUGUUUUUAAAUCAUUGAAUUGGGAUUGAAUUAUAUUCAAAUUAUUCUCUUGGCGCUUCGCCAAGGAAAUGUAGUUUUUUGAGGGAAAAUUGUAACGCUCCAAGA